UGCAUCUCCAGUUCACACUACUGUUAAUUAAAGGUUAUUCCUCAUGUGUAUUUCUACCCCCUCUUUAGCCAAGCUGCGUGAGUCCUGCUUCGACCCAGGCAGUGUGAUGAACGGGACCAGGCUGGGCAGCGACUACAAGCUGGGUUCCACCGUGACGUUCUACUGCGAGCCGGGCUAUGUUCUCCARGGCUAUUCCACGCUCACCUGCAUCAUGGGGGAUGACGGCAGGCCUGGCUGGAAUAGGGUUCUACCCAGCUGUCAAGCACCGUGUGGGAGUCGUUCCACAGGGUCAGACGGCACGGUGCUGUCUCCUAACUUCCCCCGCAACUACACCUCAGGACACAGCUGUGUAUACUCCAUCUCCGUGCCACGAGAGUUCGGUAAGGACACCGUAUAA